AUGAAGUUCUCCUUAAAUACCAUGAAAAUAUUAUUCUCUCUUGUUUCUAUCUUGAGCACAGUGGUGCAUCAAGUCGGUGCCGAACAGGACUGCGAGACGGAAUGUAGCAGUGUCUACUACAAAGACAAAGAAAUCCUCAGGGGACUUUGCAUCAACGGAUGUUCCACCAUGCCGGAAAUGUUCAACGCGGAAUUCCCGUACCUCCUCGGACCACUCACCAUGCAGGCAUAUCCUGAACUCACCAACUCGGACCCAGAAGAAUUGAAGGAUAUGACUGGAACUCUAUUUGCUCGAGUUCAUGUGAAUCGCACAAAGAUGCAAUUCUCCUUGUCUAUGGAUACCAACCCCACUCCCUUCUUCCCCUACUUUGCGUAA